AGAGAGAGAGAGAGAGAGAGAGAGAGAGAGAGAGAGAGAGAGAGAGUGCGUGCGUGCGCGUGGGCGCCCUGUGGUAGCGGGGGCGGAGCGGGCCCGCUGCGGGGGAGGCGUAACGCAUGCCCAGGUGGGGAGACUCCGCCGCCGCCGCUGCCUUGGAGGUCGCCGUGGCACCGUCUCCUAGUGCCACGCGACGCCUGGCACCUGCAGCACGCGCGCGACCCGCCCGUGCUCGACCGCUGGUUGCUGCGGCGUGCUGAGCCUGCGACGCACGUGGCGAAGAGGGUCUCCGCCGCGCGAUCGCCCGACGCGCCCCCGAGGCUUGUGAGCGCCGCGAGGGAACCGCCUUGUAAAAAAAAGAGAACGAAAACAAAAAAGGGCCCCACGGCCUCAAGUACUUCAUAAACCCCUGGCGCGCGUGAGGUAUCGGGUGUUCGACACACCUGUUCUAUCCAAGCAGCAUCCCGGAGGCUGCUCUUGGCGCCCGAGAUAGAUCUGUAGCCGGACCUCGCUCUCUGUGUGUCAGGCGAGUGACGCAUCUACGGGUAAUUGAACGCGCGCCCUACAGCUCACUGCUUGUGCCGGGACGUUGCAACGCCUGGCGAGGGGGCAACACCGAGCAACAUUAUCCUCCCGCACCUGCAAAAACAAACUGCAAGAGACCACACAUACGUUGCCCUCAAGAUGGCGUCGACGACGAGCCCUCUCCGGCUCCUCGACCAGCCUUUCUCCUCGGCCGCUCAAGAACAUUCGAGAAGGAGAGCCAGCGAGGCCUCGGCAUCCUCAUCCCCGACCUCAUCUCUUCGCCGGAAGGAUUCUUGCGUUCGUCUCCAAGGCAACGGGAGCUUCCCAUUUUCUACCCGCAAUGAAAAUGGAAUUUCAGGGAGAACUCAAAGUUUUCGUGACGUGACAGAUGUUCGGACGAUGCCAACAACAGGUGUUUCUUGCCCUACGACUGUCUCUCAAUGCAGGCCUAAAGCCUCUCGUCCGACUGCUCCUCCGCCGUUUAGCGACCGAUGUUCGGCCGCCCGCACUCGCGCCCACCCUCCAUGUGGGCGUAGCUGGACGGUGACUCUUGGCCUCUUGGUCUUGCAAAUGCUCGCCUUCAGCUCGAUGUCCGACGCACAGUUUCAAGGAGAGGUGAUGACCUGUGACCUGGAGGGAGAGGAUGUACCUGUUCCUCCCGAAGUUGCCAAAGCUGUUGGCUGGAAGGUCGGCGAGUUCCUGAAGGUGAAGUCGUGACCUCGAAGAUCGACCCUUGCGUGCGUUGCGUGUGUUUUGAUGGUAAACUCACGUGUGAGAAGAGGUCCUGCCCGGUCCUCUCCUGCUCCGAGUCUAAGCAGGUCCUGUCUCAUGACGGCUGCUGCAUGACCUGUAAGGGGACGCGGCCGAUGAUCACCCCGCCGGGCGGCCGCUGCUUCCUCACCGGCUACCUGUACUUGAGCGGCGCCGAGCGCUCGGUGGACCCCUGCACGACCUGCACGUGCAACAAUGGCUAUAUCACGUGCGAGCGGCGCACGUGCCCGGUGCUCAACUGCUCGCAAGAGUUCCAGGUGAUGCACGAGAACGAGUGCUGCCCCUCCUGCAGCGCCGCCGCCCAGCUGGAGAGCGUCUGCCACAAGUUCGGGACCAUCUACAAGGACGGCGACACGUGGCAGCUCGACAAGUGCACGUCGUGCUCGUGCGAUAACGGCAAGGUCACGUGCCACGUGCUACCCUGCGACUUUUAUAUGAAGCCGUGCCCACCGGGAUAUAGGCGCGUGGAGUUGGACAGCGAGUGUUGCCCAAGGUGCGAGAAAGCUCCUGGCGUCUGCGUUGUUUUCGGCGACCCCCACUACAGGACCUUUGACGGCCUCCUCUUCAACUUCCAGUUAACUGUUAUCAGAAAUACUUGCAACAACCACUACUGUUUGAAGGGCGCCUGCAAGUACUGGCUGGCCAAGACUUGCAAAGGACAAGAUUUCAGCCUCAAAGUGAUCAACGACGCAAGGAGGUCGUCUCACUUUUCCUGGACCAAAAGCCUGUCCUUCAAAGUACCCGAAGCGAAGGUGACUUUGGGGCAAAACCUUCGCAUCAAGAUCAACGGGAAGAAAGUGAAGCCGCCCUACAUGAUGCCAGGCGUCCUCCACCUCACCCUCGAGGGCCAGGCCGUGUCCAUCACCACGCCCGGAGGCAUCAAGGUGCUGUGGGACGGCGGGAGUUACGUGGAGGUGGAGGUGCCCGUGUCGAUGCAAGGCCGCACCUGCGGCCUCUGCGGGAACUUCAACGGCAACGCCACCGACGACCUCACCACCAAGGACGGACGCCCGGUGGCCACGGCGGACCUGAUGGCCUUGUCGUGGGCCACGGGCAGGGCCAGGGUCUGCUCGCGAAGGAUGAAGGCCCAGCAGGACGCGCAGGCCAAGAGGAACGAGGCGCAGAGUCUGGGCACGACCCGGCCCCAGCGCCUCACGUGCCCCGUGUCGCGCUCCAAGGCCCUCGCGCGCUGCAGCAUCCUCAACUCCACCACGUUCCAGGCCUGCCACGCCACCAACGCCGUCCACAAGUACUGCGAGUCCUGCAUUCUGGACAUGUGCGAGUGCAGGGCCUCCCGAAGGUGUGAGUGUGACACCCUGCAGGCGUACGCGCGAGUGUGCCAGCGCCUAGGGACGCCCGUGCUCGAUUGGAGGAACCAAAGCAAGUGUGGAGGCCUGGAGUGCCCCCGCGGAGCCGAGUACAUGGAGUGCGCACCCCCCUGCCGUGCCACCUGCAGGAACCCGACGCCGAACCCCAACUGCUACAAGCUCAAGUGCCGCGCGGGAUGCUACUGCCCGCCGCCGUCCGUGCUGCACCGGGGCGCCUGCAUCCCCGUGGAGGAGUGCCCCAAGAGAGGGAAAAAGCGCCACAGGAACCGCUGAGGGAACGCACGGGGCCUGGCUGAGGACGGCGCCGCGGGGAUGUCGGGCCUCCCCAUCCUGGUCAGCUGCUGGGGCGCCGAGGCCUCCUCUGCCGGCGGCGCUGGCGGCGGCGAGGCCCCGUGCUCGGCGGCCCGGGAGCCAGGCCCGCCCCAGCGAGCGGUGAUGUUGGCGGUGGUCGGGUCGCAGCUGCUGGCGAUCUUGACGCAGCAUGAACUCGCAUGACAGGGGCUCUCGGCUCGGCGUGUAGUGUUUAGGAGCGCCCUCGAGCCAAACGCCAGUGCUGAGAAAAAAAGAGAAUGCGAAAGUGUGUAUACUGAAAAUAACGAUAAGACGAAGGGUGAGAAGUAGCUGGACCGUUGCAGUUGUCGCCAGGGGAGGGGAACAGAGGGGCAGCCAGACCCAGGAAAGCGCUGGUGGUGAACGACGAUCUCAAUAAUUCUUAGUUUUGUGUUUGAUGGAUAAAUGUUCGUGAAUCUGUCUCUCUGUUCAUGAUAGGCGCUGGCGGCACUCUCAGUGAUCGGCCAUGAGCCAUUUUGUACCAUUGUCACUGCCAGGUUUAAGCACUCUUGCACGCGCGACGUGUGUUGCAAAAUGCCUAAUGCAUUGCCUUUUGCCUGCAGUGCGAACAAAGGCAGCGAACUGAUGCGCUUUUAUUACGUUAUGUUCUUAGUCCUGUGCGUCUCACCAAGUCACAUUAGGCGGUUGCAAUGCAAUUCAGGGAAGGGAAAUAUACAGUGUAAAGCAAGCGUUGUCUUCGCCACGGUAUCGAGAAGUGUGGAUCAAGAAUGACUUCGGAGGAUCAGCUAAUCAUCGAGACCAAAGGACCUGAAGGGUCAUUGGUUUUACAUGUUGCGGAACUGUCGUUGACAAAGUGAAUGCAUGGUAUUUAUUUAUCUCGGAAGGCGAUGGUUGAUUGAGAAAUGGUCGGGACAAAACAAACAACCAGGUCUUUGAAAAUAAUACGAAUAUUUUAAUUAAAAAAUACAGCGAUAGUUUUUUUUUUCUAGCAUUAUUAGCCAGUCUCAGCUGACCUACAAAAGUUUAAAAAACCUUGUCUUCUGGCAAUGGUUGUUCAAAUUCAACUGAAUUACGUUGUUCACAGGUUGUUUCAUUAGGUGCCAGUGACAGAACAAAGAAGUUGUGAUGAAAAAACAAACAAUCGUGUUAUGCGUAGAAUCCUUUAUAGUAUUUUUUUUUAUUUGUUUGUUUGUUAAGAAAGGCUAUUGUUCUUGUCACUGGAAGAGGCAGAAGCAGGAAAGCAGCUACGUGAAGGAGGGAAUGAGGGAAGGGGCUGUUUGAAGGACGAGGUAGGAAAGUCCCCUGGUACAGUAGUUUGGAGGUAUAACUUAAGCUUUCGUGAACUCAAUUUUUUUUCCCAAUUACCAAAACACUCUUAUCACUCUUGUUCUCUUACGAAAUAGUUCCUCAUUUUUUCGUUAUUUGUAUUGUGGAAUAGUGUUAUUUUUUGUUUACCCGAUUCCCUUUUUAUAUAAAAACUACAAAGCAUAAUCAUUGUUUAAUUAUUUGAUUUUUCUUUAGAGUAACGAGUCAGUUGAUCCAUAAAUAACCAUAUUAGUAUUGGUGCUUUUAGACCAAACAUAUUUAAAGGGAAAUACAGGCGGGUUAAAAAAAAAAAAAAAA